AUGGAGCGAUGGUUUACCUAUUUGCAUGAAAAAAGUUUCAAAAGAAUUUACGGCAGUACAUCAGACGAUGACAUUUCCUACUUUUACUCACCUCACGCAUCGGUUGACACCAAAAUUCAGCUUUUACCCAAGUUAACUUUGCCGAAUGUUUUGCGAGAUUUUAAUGGAUUCACCAUCCGAAGUAAUUUGAUACGAAUGUUUCCACUUACUUUUGUGUAUCCUGACACAAAAGGACACGAGCAAAUAGGAGGCUUCAGUGGACAGAUGUUUAUGCACUUCCUUCGAAAACAUAACGCAAUUUACAAAGAAAUCCCCAUGCAAAAUACAACGAAAUUCCAUUUUUGGGAAUUAAUUAGAGCCGUGUCCAAAGGUCAAAUCGACCUAAGUAUAAAUGUUUUCAGUUUAAUCCUACCCUUAGUUAAUAACACCGAAAGCAUUGUGGCCGAGUACAGUUGCUAUUUUGGGAAAAUUGAAGAGUAUAGGAUCAUGGUGGCCAUCAAUGGGUUUGUCCAGCCGGACGAAUACUUUCUCAGGCCAUUUGAUGGGAUAGUUUGGAUAUGCAUUGGGUUGACUUUGAUCUAUAUCACUGCUUUCGAUAUCAUCUGGAAACUCGGCGCCAAGUUGCAGGUGGACAUAUGGAAUAGCUUCACUCAGAUAUUUCUGAACAUUCUAAAUCUAUCCCCUGAGAGGCCGAUAACUUCUGCCUAUCGACUUCAUGCACAGGUUUCACUAUUCGCCUUCAUAGUCGGAAACAUCUACGUCAUCUACUUUACGUCCUACCUCACAGCUUACAUUCCAAUCAAACAGUACGAUACCAUUCAGGAUUUGGUAGACAACAAUAUAAGUGUGAUGAUUUCACAAUCGAAGUGGACCUGGCUAAGAGACAAAGUUCCCUACAGUGCAAGUCUCGAGAACAUAAUCCUGCCAGUCGACUAUGACACCCUCUAUGCCCACCUCCUGCCAAUGAAAAACAAAAGCAUUGCCUACAUUCUGAACAUCGACGAAGCCAAGUUGUUCCUUGAGUUUCAUUCGAGAUUUGAUGAACCCAUGUUUCGUAUUGCUCCCGAAGCAGUAUUUCCCGAAUAUUUUCUCAUCUACCUAAUGCCACGUCAUUCCCCCCUCAAGGAAAUUCUCGACCAUUUUAUUUUGCAAAUUAUGGAAACAGGCUUGAUGAAGAGAUGGAAAUCGGAUGUGGUGUUACAACUUGUGGCGGCUGGCUUUAAGAAAUUCGUGAAUCGCAGUACGGAGGCGAAGGAAUUACUCAAACCACUAACUUUGGAGCACCAACAGCAGAAGCAGCAGCAGCAGCUCUAA